AUGCCAGACAUAGUCUUCAUUCUCUUUCAAACAAAAAGCUUUUUUUCAAUUUUCUUUUCUCACUCUCUUUCUCUUUAUUUGUAUCGUCUUCUCUCUCUCUCUUUCUCUCUCUCUUUCUCUCUCUCUCUCUCUCUCAUAAACACCUAUCUUUGCCUCUCUCUUUCUUUCCUCCCUUCUUUCUUUUUUCAUUUUCUUUCUCGCACAAAAGAUUAUUUCUUUAUACAAAUGAAAAUCUCGUUUUCUUCAAUAAAAUCUCUCUUGCUGUCUUCCCCUCCAUCUUUAUCACAUACUCUUUCUUGCUCUCCCUCUUUAUCACACACUCUUUCUUGCUAUCCCUCUUUCUCCCUCUCCCUCUUUAUCACACACUCUUUCUUGCUCUCCCUCUCUCUCUAUCACACACUCUUUCUUGCUCUCCCUCUCUCUCCCUCUUUAUCACACACUCUUUCUUGCUCUCCCUCCCUCUACCUCUCCCUCUUUAUCACACACUCUUUCUUGCUCGCCCUCUCACUCCCUCUCCCUCUUUAUCACACACUCUUUCUUGCUCUCCCUCUCUCUCCCUCUCCCUCUUUAUCACACACUCUUUCUUGCUCGCCCUCUCACUCCCUCUCCCUCUUUAUCACACACUCUUUCUUGCUCUCCCUCUCCCUCUUUAUCACACACUCUUUCUUGCUCUCCCUCUCUCCCCUCUCCCUCUUUAUCACACACUCUUUCUUGCUCACCCUCUCUCCCUCUCCCUCUUUAUCACACCUCUUUCUUGCUCUCCCUCUCCCUCUUUAUCACACACUCUUUCUUGCUCUCCCUCUCCCUCUUUAUCACACACUCUUUCUUGCUUUCACUCUCUCUCUUCCUCUUUUUCUUUCUCUCUAUGUCUCUCUUUCUCUCUCCCUAUCUCCCACUCUGUCUCAUCGCCUCUCCUCUCUCUCCCGCUGUUUCUUUCUCCCUCCCCUCCCUAUCUCUCUCUCAACAAAUUCUUUCUUCUUAAUUCAAACAAAAAUUAACUAUUCUUUUCAUUCAACCCGUAAGUUUCUCUCUCUCUCUCUCUCUCUCUCUCUCUCUCUCUCUCUCUUUGUCUGUCUUUCUCAAUUCUAG